CCAUUUGGGCGCAGAACCAGUGAGCACGAACAAAGUUGUGAAUCAUUUUGAAGGUGGUAUUAGAACUCACUGCGGAUAAAGCUCUCUGUCUUUUUUUAGUUUAGCGUUUCUCUCUGGACUAAUUGCAAAAUGGCUUCCGCUGCCGAACCCGCCCAGACCAAGGCGAACCCCAUGAAGGAUCUUCGCGUCCGCAAGCUGUGUGUGAACAUCUGUGUAGGAGAGUCAGGUGAUCGUCUGACCCGUGCCGCCAAGGUACUAGAGUCUCUUACCGGACAGGAACCCGUUUUCUCAAAGGCCCGAUACACUGUGCGAUCUUUCUCUAUUCGUCGUAAUGAGAAGAUUGCCGUGCACGCCACCGUACGUGGACCCAAGGCGGAGGAGAUCCUCGAGAAGGGACUUAAGGUUCUCGAAUACGAGUUGAAGAAGAGCAACUUCUCGCAGACCGGUAACUUCGGAUUCGGUGUACAAGAACACAUUGACUUAGGAAUUAAGUACGAUCCCAGUAUUGGUAUCUACGGUAUGGACUUCUUCAUUGUUAUGGGCCGCCCCGGAUAUUGCAUUGCCAAGCGCAAGCGCAAGAACAACAGAGUUGGAUACCCUCACCGUUGUACAAAGGAAGAGACCAUGAAAUGGUUCCAACAGAAGUUCGAUGGAAUCAUCCUUAACAAGUAGAUUCAUAACAACUCUGGUCGGGCGUGCUGGAUGAUUAUAGCGAGCAUUCUGUCAGCUGCAGCAAUAAAAGUUCAUGUGGGUCAGUAAACA